ACGCCAUCUUGGUACACCCCCGAUACCCUUAUUAGGCAUGAAUACUGUGCAUCUACCGGAAGUGGGUGUACUGCUCUCUCUUCUGGGAUUGAGUUGAAAAAUAGGAGACAGUUAGUUCUCCUUCCCCCCCUUCCCCUUCCCUCCCCUCCAUGGAACGCAAGCGGAAGUUAAUUUGUGAUGCGUUCACCGCGAAGAAGCAAAAAAAAGAGCAAGAGUUAAACUCAUCACCCUCACCCUAUCCAGAUUUCACAGAUGAUCCCCAGGAAGCUGUUUUAUACCUCUGCGCUCUUUUCCCUCGCAAGCUGUUCAACGACACCCUCCCGCCUCUGUUUUUGAGACAUCAGUUGUAUAGUCUAAUACAAGACCGCACCAAGGCAGAUAGACUGCUUAGCUCACUUCAGCAAAAAGGCGAAGUAUGUUUGGUCCAGACUGGGUUUGAUCUUGACACGUUCCUAGUGGUGAUGACGGAGGAUUUGCGUAGGACGGCCCUAAAGAGUAGCGCAGGAGAUACUAAAGGGGCCAUUAUACGCAGGUUCCUAGACUCUGAUCUCCUCUCCUCCACCAAUAUCAGCUAUGGCCGUGAGGAUAUGAUGGGCAAGCACCGGUUCGGUGAUGGAGAAAUCACGCAGCUUGUCCGCGCAGGGCUCCUUACUGUCAGAGAUGCUGGGAGCUGGUGGCUCGCUGUGCCUGGUGCCGGCAGGUUCUUCACCCAUUUUAUAAAGGGGCGGAAGGCUCUCCUGUCUCAGUUCCGUAGGGCGCCUUAUAAGGAAAUCCUGCUAACCGAACUGUCCAUGCGAAAGUCUCCGCCUUCCGUUCGCCUGGGAAUGGAGUAUCAUAUUCAUGACAUUAUAGGGGCGGGACUUGUUGACUGUGUUCCCACAGCCUCCGGUACCCUGCUCCGAUUAUCUGAUACAUAGCAGAGGUGUUGCUGACUCCCCCGUGCCAUGUGAACUCUUCCUGAAUUCCUCCCUGUGGCAUUUACAAUGUGUUAGGGGGGUUUGUGAUCUCUUUCUUACCGUCUUUUUAUUUGUAAUAUCUCUACAUUAGCGUUUUGUCUUUUCUUCUCCCUCUGCCUUUUCUUACACUUGCCACAUUUUUCAACUUUAUUUUUUUUCUUGUUACUUUUGUCUUUCGUUAAUUGUUGCCAUUGUAUAUUGAUGAAAUAAAGUAAUAUAAUUUA